AAAUAUUUAUUUUUAUUUUUCUUUAUUUAUUUGGAUUUUGUAAUGUCUGUCGCAGAAUUUUUAGAAGGACUACCGUCCCACAAUGAAAGUAAUUUCGCAAACUUUCAUGCAGACAAUGGAAAUAGAACGUGUAUGAGAAGACCAUCUGUGUAUUUACCAACUAAAGAAUUGCCUUCAGAACAAAUUAUUGUUACUGAAAGAACUACGAUACUUUUGAGAUACCUUCAUCAACAAUGGGACAAAAAGAAUUUAGACAGAAAACGUGAACAUUCAGCAGCAGGAGUUGACCUAGCUGACGACAUAUCAGUUCGACGAUGUAAAAGGCCUCGUCUUGAAAUUCACAGUACACUCUAAUUUAAAUUACAAUGAACAUUACAAUUAUUCAUAUUUUUCUAUUGAAUUCAUGUUAUUUGGAACAACUUGGAGCUUAUAAAAAAAACAUCUACCUAAAUUUAUCAUUUAAGAUAACGGCUAAAAGUAAACAAUAUUAACAUCAAGUUCAAUUCGGUUCCGAAACAUAAUAUGGUUGCUUGCAACUGUGUUUUCUUUCAAGGAAAAUUUCAAUUAACUUCUCAUGAUACUUAGAAAGUAUUCCUAAUGCUCUCGUCCAGUCUAAUCUAUGGUCAUUAUUAUUUGUUUUUCUUCAAAUUAUUAAUUAUCAUUUUGUUGUACAUUUUAAUCAAAAUCUUUUUAAAAAAUAGUUCUGAAUUUCUGUUUUUUUUUAUCUUCAAUAUGUUACGUAAUUAUUGUUCUAUCAGAGCUUGAUAAUUUCAUCAUAAUAAAAAAUAAUGGUAUUAGUUUAAAAUUACGGUUUUUAUCUAUUUUCCCUUCUUCAGAUGUGUAUUAAAUAAAUUUUUUGUCUUUUUAUUAUUACUUUUAUUUUUAUUUUAUUUUAUUACAUAGUAGUUAAUUUAACUAACUGUUUAAUAUUAUUUUUAUGAAUUAAAAAUUGUUAACAGUUAUUACUAUGUUUGUUUUUCAAUAUGCCUCAUUAAUUAAUUAUGUCAAAUGGUAUAAUACUUUUAUAAAAGAAAAAAUCCAAUGUUAGCGUAAAUAAUUGGAACCACGAACAGUAUUCCCUAAUUUUAAUUAUUUAUUAUCAAAAAUUCCUUAGAAAAAAUAGAGAUUUUUGACAGAUAAAUAUAAUAGGCAAAGAGGUAUUCUGUAUUUUAUUUGAUUUACCUCUUUUCUACUAUAAUUCCCUAAUUUCAUUUAUUUAUUUUGAAAUUUCUUUAGAAAAAGUAGAGAUUUUUAACAGGAAAAUAUAAUAAUAGUUGUCAUUGUCAAGUUACUUUCUCAACCUCAGCCAAUAUCAUCAUCAUCAUCAUUCUGGUCACAUCGUUUUGUCUCAGACCAAUGAUUAUAAUGAUUAAUGAAAUUAAUCAACGAAAUUAAUAAUUUAAAAAAAUUAAAGAUUUUUGACCAAGAAGACUAUUUCUAGUCUUGUUUUUGACUCACGAAAAGACCGAAACCAAAUACACCGAACAAUAGAAUAAUUUCUCAGUGCCUUUACACCUUCUCGCUUCCAAAUAUAUUUUUUAGUUAUCAAAUAAUAUUGUUAUUUAAUUAUUUUUAUUGAAUAAUACUAAUAUUCAUCAAAUAUAUAUUAUAAAAUAGUAUUUAUAAAACUAUAUUGAAUUUGAAUGUUAAUAGCAAACAUAUAUAUCCUAUAGGACUAUAAAAAAUAGCUUGAAAUAGAUGAAUUUUUAUAGUAAAUAUUUUGAAGAUACCAAUUAAACACGUCCACAAAUAAAAAGGCGUAAAUACAUUAAAUAAUCAUUGUAAAUAUUAAAACAUAAAAAUAUUAAAAUCAUAUAAAAAUUUAGACUUCUAUAUACAUACGUUACGCAUUUGAUUUUCUGCGCAUAUGCACCUGUAAGAACGCGUAUGUGCGUUGGCAUAGCCAAAUGUUAUUAUUUUUUACACGGUACGUAUUUAAAAUUAAUUUUCAACCUAACCUUAAAUAUAAAAAUCAAAAAAAGAGAAAAAAAAAAAAAUA